AUGACUGCGGGUAUGCUCAAUGAUUUAUUACAAAUUAUGAAAAUUGGAUACGCAUUAGUAAUAGGAACAUUCAUUUUAAUGGUAUGGGUGUCUAUGAUUGAAUCCAGAGAAAUGGAUUCUGUAUAUUAUCCGCCAUGUUUCUUCAAUCCUUUGUGUAGUUGUUCUAAAUCGGUACCAGACUUAGGAAUAGUUCAGUGUCAAAAUGUACACUUACCAAGAAUACCCGAAGCAGUUAAUACCUCCAAAGUAUUUAUGUUGCACCUAGAGAAUAACGGACUGAGAACAUUAUCCCCCUAUUUUUUGCAAAGUACAGGUUUGUAUAAAAUUAUAAUAAGCAGAAAUCCUUUAACACUGGUAUCGGAUGAAGCUUUUCUUGGACUGGAAAGAUCUUUGUGGGAAUUGGAAAUUAGCCAUUGUGAACUGAGUCAUGUUCCUAAUCGAGCAAUAAGAUAUUUGCAAAAAUUAAGACUAUUAAAUUUAUCAGGGAAUGGUAUUAACAAAAUCUUACCAGAAGACUGGAGAGGAUUAGAGAAUUCACUAGAAGUCCUUAUACUUUCCGAAAAUUCUAUAACUCAGCUACCGCUGGACUCAUUUUCUGGCUUGCCCAUGGUAGAAAUUAUAGAUUUAAGAGGAAACAAUUUGAGAGAAAUUGAUCCAUCUAUUUUCCGUGACGGAAUGGGAAGACUUGCUCAUUUAAUAUUAGCAGACAAUCAACUAAGUUCAAUUCCCUAUUUAGCACUGCAACCGUUGAGAACUCUGAAGACGCUCGAUUUGAGUUACAAUCGAAUUAACAAGAUGUCGCCCGUUACUGAGCCAGGAGUUAACAUAAAUUUGAAUUUUCAGUUAAAUCUAGACACAUUGAGACUCGAUUAUAAUCAGUUACCGUUUCUUGAGUCUAUGUCUUUUAUGUAUUUUAAUGUAGUGAAUAUAACAUAUUUGGAUGGAAAUCCCUUAAGGGGUCUUGAGGAAAAUGCUUUCCAACAAGCAAAAAUACGAGUGCUAUAUCUCAGAAGUUGUGGCUUAAUUAAAAUAUCACCAGCUGCAUUUAGUGGACUAGAAAAUUACUUGGAACAUUUGGACUUAAGUGGAAAUAAUAUAUCGUUAUUACCUCAAGAUGUGUUCCACAGAUUCGGCUUGCUGAGAACGUUGUCAUUAAGGGAUAAUAUGAUUGACAAUUUAAAUCCUACCGAAGCCUUUAAUGGUUUUCAAUUCACUUUAUAUAACUUAGAUCUAAGUGGCACUGAGAAUUUACCAAUUUCUAUCCAAGAAUUGCGAAGAUUAAGGAGUUUACGAGUAUUAUCAUUGUCUCAAUUGACACAAACUAAUAUUUCUCCUGAAGAUUUCUUGGAAUAUGGAGUUGAUUUAGAAGAACUACAAAUUAAUUUCGCCGAUUUGCAAAUAAUCAAAAGUAACGCAUUUAAGCAUGUUCAUGGAUUAAAGUUCAUUGAUCUCUCGGACAAUAUGAUCACCACCAUCGAAAAUGAUGCUUUUGCUGACAUUGGACACUCUUUAACACAUUUAAUGUUGUCAUCUGCUUUUGCUCCCUCUGUAUCAAAUGUACCAGUAGAUGCAAUAAAAGUAUUACCAAAUUUGGAAUUACUGGAUCUUAGUAACAAUAGAUUAAAAACUAUGCCAGAUACUUCAUUUCAUUUCCUUAGGAAACUGAAAAUACUUGAACUCCAGGAUAAUAUCAUCGAGACUGUACACAAAGGAACAUUUCAGGGUGAUAUCCAUUCAAAUUUAGAACAAAUAUAUUUAUCUUUUAAUAACAUAAAAGUAAUAAAUCAACACACUUUUGUUAAUUUACCGAGAUUAGAGCAGCUUCAUCUGGACGAUAACAGAAUUGAAACCCUCGAGAGAAGGUCAUUUAUGAAUUUGGAAAAUAUUAAAAGAUUGAAUUUGAAAGGAAACAAAAUAUCAAUAAUAGGUUAUGAAGCAUUUCAGAAUUUACCUGAAUUAGAAGAUUUAGAUAUAUCUUAUAAUAAACUGAAAUCGUUCGAAAUUUCCAUGUUUGAUCAAGUUGGGACACUGUCUAUCUUUAGGGUAAACGCCAGUCAUAAUAAUUUGAAGGAUUUAAUAGUAAAUAUGCCUUUAAAUUUUGAACCUGGAGCGGGUGUGCCCAGAGUACAUUCCAAUAUAAAAAUUCUUGAUUUGUCACACAACAAUAUAUCGUCAAUUUCCAAGCAUUUCUUCAUGCCAGUAGAACUAUCAUUAACUCAUCUUUAUCUGAGUUAUAACGGUUUACUCAAUGCAACAAGAGAAGUAUUUGGAAAUUUAAGGCAUCUACAAUGGUUAGAUAUUUCUCAUAACAGAAUGUAUGAAAUGGACUUCGACAUGUUUAGGAAUACAAAAAAAUUACAGGUUUUGCACGCUUGCCAUAAUCGUAUAGCAGACGUACCAAAUGAUUUGUUCCGUUUUCUUACCAACUUAAGGAUAGUUAAUUUAUCCCACAACAGACUACGAUUUUUACCGGAUAAUCUAUUUAGAGAAGAAGGUUUAGAAAGAUUAGAUGUUUCUCACAAUUUGCUAACCAAACUGCCUCUCACCAGCAUGUCUGUUGCAACGGGUAUGAGUUUGUGUGAGCUGGAUUUAUCGUGGAAUAGUAUCUCUUCUUUGUCACAUGGUGGAUUACUGUCUAGGUUUAAGAGUCUUAAUUUCUUAGAUCUCUCUUACAAUCGACUGGCGCAAAUAGAUGGAGGCGUAUUUAAGGGUCUACCAAAAUUGUCAAGCUUAGAUUUAAGUCACAACAGUCAAUUAGUACUUGAACCUAAUGGUUUAAGUUUCCAAGGCCUAGAGUACUCUCUUCUGCACUUGAAUUUAGAUAAUGUGUCGUUAACACAGGUACCUACCUUGCCUACCCCAAACCUGGUUUCAUUAUCCCUAGCUUACAACGCCCUGCCAAACGUCCCGCCUGAGAUGGCAACGAAUAUGACCAAUUUGCAGCGGUUGAACUUGAAUUUUAAUGACUUGUCUGCGGUGCCUAUCGUUACCCACUCUUUGACAGAGUUGCGAUAUCUAUCGAUGGUUGAUAACCCGAUAACAUUCUUAAGCAAUACCAGUUUGCUGGGAGUAGCGGAUCAUUUGGUUGAGUUGGAUAUAAGAAACUUUGAACUCAACACAUUAGAAGCCGGGGUGUUCUGUAAAAUGUACUCAUUGAGGACACUGAAAAUUAGUUACUAUUCCAAUUUGAAGAAUUUUAAUAUUCCCUCAAUUUUGCAAUUUAACGUUGGACUAAGAGAUUUAGAAAUAUAUGUUUCUGCGUCAACAGAUAAUAAUUUGGAGAAAGAGAUGACUGGCGAGUUUCCUCCAAAAUUGCACAACAUUACUUUUACAGGCAAAGGUUUGAAAAAUUUGGCUGAUAAUAUACUGCAGGGUAUCAGAAGUACAAAUUUGCAUGUUUGUCUUCGGAAUACGAGUAUUGUAAAGAUUUCUUCAAACCUUUUUAUGAAUGUGGGUUAUGCUAAAAAUCUUACUCUUGAUGUUAGAGAAAACGGAGAUUUGCAGAAUUUGCAAAAUCCUUCAAGUGGACUCAGACCAGAUUUGUAUAAGAAGACAUUUUUGAUAGACUUACAGAUAUCAGGAAAUAAAUGGUCUUGUGAUUGCGAUUUAGGAUGGAUUGAAGUUUGGUUACGGAAACGUCGUCAAUAUCUGUGUGAAGAUAGUCUAAGUGCACCACCUUACAUAACUGAUCCUGAUUAUAAUUGUAGACAUGUUGAUGAUGAUUUGAGGACCGCAAUAUGCCCAAAUAAAGAUAAUAAUACGAUCAUUGAGGUCCUUAAGGCUGAAAUUGAAUGCGGAUGGAAUUCCUCUUCAUCAUUACAAAGUCUUGCAAUUAGUGUUAUUCUUUCGAUGAUUCUUAUAUUACAGCUGCCUUAA